CCGAUGGAUUUUCUGUCUUAAUCAUGGCUGCAUUGAGGGUCUCUGGAGUUUGGACGAUAAUGCGGUGGCGGCGUGGCAUCUGGGCAGUUCGAUCAGUGUCGAUGAGAUAUCGAUGAGAUAUAACCGUCCCCACCAGCACCACAUUUUGGCGGAUGUAGUGAUUUCAUCGCACAGCGAUGGGUGGUAUCACGAAGAUGACGUCGCCACGUCUGACUUGAGAUGGCAAGGCUGAGUGAGAUUCGACGAAGACUACAUAAGUUGAUGAUUGCAGGUCGUUGAAUGCCUACUCAUCAUUGCAAUAUCAAGCAAACAAAACCACCAAACACACGACCUUGAAGCAACUUAUUCACAAGCACCACCAAUUUCACUUAUAUCCAACAUUUCAAAACACAAUUCAAAUAAAAAAAAAACCAAAUCUUACCACUAUAACAUACACAAUGGCACCCUCAAAGGACCAGCUCAUGGAGACGGCAGCCCAGGCCCAGCUCGACAUGAACACAUACCAAUCCAAGACGGGCGCCGCCCGCCCCCAGGGCAACGACGACGCCGGCGUCUCCAACAUCCAGACGGAGAACCGCUUCCCAGGCGCCACGGUGACCGUCCAGGGCGACCCUAUCAACAACGUCGCGUACAAGCCCGAGCAGCCGCCCAAGAACCCGGCCGAGAACGACGACGACGUCGUUCCCGCCAAGAAGAUUUCAUCGCUCGGCACGCAGGACCAGAAGGACGAUAUUCUGCUGCAGGGCGAGGGUGCGGUGCGGAAUAAUGUGGGCACCAAGGCGCCUGGUGUUGGUGGGGAGAAGUUCCGCGGUUCGGAUUAUUAUGUUCCUGAGAGCGUGCCGGAUAGCAUCUCGGCAGAGGGGAACAUUGCACCUGAGAGUGUGACGCAGGCUUCUGCUGAGGCUGAGAACCCUCGGUAAAGGGUGAGGAUUGGAGUUACUUCUUUUUGUGGCUAUGACGAUGGAAGGGCAUGGAUGCCGGGCAUUGUAUGAUUAUUACGAUCAUGAUGUACAACAGUAAUGAAGCUGCCAGAAGGCUGUAAACCGAAUAGGUAUCUGCAACGUAAUUCGGAGAAGUUCAGUG